AUGGCGGGCGCGGGGCGGCCCGCGCCCACGUGCCUGCUGCUGGGGGCGGCGGGCGGCGGCAAGAGCCUGCUGGCGCGGCGGCUCCGCCAUAUCCGAUGGGGACGGGGACGGGGACGGGGACGGGGACGGGGGGCAGCGGCCGCGUCCCCAUCCCCUUCCCAGGCGCCAUCGUGUCCUUAACCCGCGGCACAGCUGAGCGCCGAGGAGGGGGCCACGGAGCUGGGCGAGCCCCCGGCCACGCUGCCCACGGUGGGCACCAACCUGACCGACCUGCGGCUGCCUCGGAAGGUGACGGUCCGGGAGCUGGGCGGCUGCAUGGGCCCCAUCUGGCCCAGCUACUACGGCGAGUGCAGCGCUCUCCUGUUCGUGGUCGAUGCCGCUAACCCCACCCAGGUCUCCUCGUCCUGCGUCCAGCUGCUGUCCGUCCUCUCCGCAGAGCAGCUCGCCUCCGUGCCCGUGCUCGUCGUCUUCAAUAAGAUUGACCUGCCCUGCUACAUGUCGCUGGCGGAGAUGAAGUCGCUGUUCCGCAUGCAGGACAUCGUCUCCUGCGCCACGCAGCCCAUCACGAUGCUGGAGACCAGCGCCCGCGAUGGCACUGGCCUGGCGAACGUCCUGCAGUGGCUUCGCUCUGCCCUCGGAGACCCCCGCUGACCCUGACCCUGCCCGGGUGCCUGCAG